GUGCCGCCCCGCGGCGUCCCGCGCGCUCCGCCCCCUAGGCGUCCGGCUAGUAGAGACGGGGGGACCACAGGGUUGGGGUCGAUUCCGCUGGACUGCGGCGUGGCCCGCGUGGUCCAAGUCCUCCCGGCCUCCGGCUUUGUUAGGAGUCUUUCCCGCGAAGGCGGGGUGAUGCCGGGGAACCGGCAGCCGAGGGUCCGUUCGGGGAACCAGCCGCGUUCGGAGCCCGCCAUGGAGCCUGAGGCUCGCGGGGCCUGGGCCCACAGCCGCGCCGCCCUCUGCCGUCUGGAGAAGCUGCUGCGGUGCUCGCGUUGCACUAAUAUUCUGAAGGAGCCUGUGUGCUUAGGAGGGUGUGAACACAUCUUUUGUAGUGAUUGUGUAAGUGACUGCAUUGGAAGUGGAUGUCCGGUGUGUUAUACCCCAGCCUGGAUACAAGAUGUGAAGAUAAACAGACAGUUGGACAGCAUGAUCCAACUUUGCAAUAAGCUUCAAGAUUUGCUACAUGACAAUAAGCUUUCAGAUUCGAAAGAAGAUACGUCUAGGACAAGAUUAUUUAAUGAUGCAGAAAGUAAGAAGAAUUCAAUAAAAAUGUGGUUUAGUCCUCGAAGUAAGAAGGUCAGAUAUGUUAUGCGUAAAGUUUCGGUGCAAACCCAGUCUCCAGCGCUGAAAGACGCAGAUGCUGCACAAGCCUCCACGUACGCGUUUGUUUCCACAAGUCCUGUAGAGGUUUCUGAGAGGGCUAAAAAGACUUCUAAACGAUCUGGAAAAAAGUUAAAAGAGAAAACUUUAGCUGAAAUCAAUCAGAAAUGGAAAUUAGAGGCAGAAAAAGAAGAUAGUGAACUUGACUCCAAAGAGGAAUUUAAGGAAAAGCUGGUAUCCAUCUGUAAGCAACCAUCUGUUGUGGCUAAUCAUCAGAAAAAUGGUGAAAUAGACUUACCAGCAAGUGGCUCCUUGAUGGAGUCUGAAUGUCCUGGAAGUUUAACUGGAGUCUCUUUACUAUUGGCUGAGCAAAUAGAAUCUCCGGACACUGAGAGCAGGAAUAAAGCAGGGACUCUUGAGGAGAAGGACUGUGAAAAUCAUCUUAAGUCUAAGGAAUCUUUGCCAUUAAGUCAUAAUGGAAAACGUGGGUGCAGCAGCAGACUUUCCCAUCCCAUUUCUAAGAGGCGCAGAAGCAGUGUUGUGAACACCGGUGGAGAAUUUGUUAAGCAAACAGCGCUCUCAGAAAAUACACCAUUGCCUAACUGCUCUUCACCACCGUUAAGCAAACUUAAAGUUGAUGAUACACUGUCGGGGAAAAGCAGGCCUCUAUUAGAUGAAUCCAUCAUCAGCCUUUCACCAGGUACCCCUCCCUCUACACUGAAUAAUUCAAGUUACAGAAGAAUGAUGUGUAGUCCCUCGGCAAGUAGCCUCGUGUCUGGGAAGAGGAAUCACCGGGGAGAGACUUUGCUCCAUCUUGCUUCUAUUAAGGGUGACGUGCCUUCGGUCGAAUACCUCCUACAAAGUGGAAGUGACCCGAAUGUUAAAGACCAUGCUGGAUGGACACCAUUGCAUGAAGCCUGCAAUCAUGGGCACCUGAAGAUCGUGGAGUUGUUACUUCAGCACCAGGCAUUAGUGAACACCACCGGGUAUCAGAAUGACUCACCACUUCAUGAUGCGGCCAAGAAUGGGCAUGUGGACAUAGUCAAACUGUUACUUUCCUAUGGAGCCUCCAGGAAUGCUGUUAACAUAUUUGGUCUGCGGCCCGUGGAUUAUGCAGACAGUGGAAAUAUGAAGUCCCUAUUGCUGCCACCAGCGAAGAAUGAAUCAUUCUCAGCUUGCCAUCACUCGGUGCUGAACACCGGGCAGCGCAGAGAUGGACCUCUCGUGCUUAUAGGCAGUGGACUUUCGUCAGAACAACAGAAUGUGCUCAGUGAGCUUGCAACAGUUCUUAAGGCUAAAAAGUGUGCUGAGUUUGACAAUACAGUGACUCAUGUUAUUGUUCCUGGUGAUGCAGUUCAAAGUACCCUGAAGUGUAUGCUUGGGAUUCUCAAUGGAUGCUGGAUCCUGAAAUUUGAAUGGGUGAAAGCAUGUCUACAAAAAAAAGUACGUGAACAAGAAGAAAAGUAUGAAAUCCCCGAAGGUCCACAGAGAAGCAGGCUCAACAGAGAACAGCUGUUGCCAAAGUUGUUUGAUGGAUGCUACUUCUAUUUAGGGGGAACCUUCAAACACCAUCCAAAGGACAACCUUAUGAAGCUUGUCACUGCAGCCGGGGGCCAGCUCCUCAGUAGAAAGCCCAAGCCAGACAGCGAUGUGACUCAGACCAUCAAUACGGUCGCAUACCAUGCCAAACCUGAUUCUGAUCAGCGCUGCUGCACGCAGUAUAUCAUCUAUGAGGAUAUAUCUAAUUACCGCCCAGAGAAGGUUCGGCAGGGCAAAGUCUGGAUGGCUCCUUCAAGCUGGUUUAUAGACUGUGUGAUGUCCUUUGAAUUGCUCCCUCUUGACAGCUGAAUAUUAUACCAGACGAACAUUUCAAAUUGAACCUGCACAGUCUUGAGAACCCAGCCACUGUGCUAUUUUCAUGUUUUUACAAAUAGGUAGAGUUAUUCAUAUGUUUUUUAUUGAAU